CCUAACCAUCGCCGUACCGCACUGAAGCAGUGAAGUAUUACUGCAGCAAGGACAGCCGGUCCUGAAGACAAAAUGCCAUUGAUUUGCCAGUAUUUUCUCCUCGUCUCUGUGUUUGUUCUGUCUGUACUGUGUUCGGGGGAGGUUCCGAGACUAACCCUGCGGCAAGAUAAUUCAGACCACCGGCUUCCCUACACAAGAAAUUUAAGCCACUCCGUCUUCUUCCUUCAAGAAGAAACAGAUACCCUGUUCAUUGGAGGAUUAAAUUGUGUAUUACAAGUCAAUAUAAACGACAGCCAUGUUUUGAAGAACUUCACUCUGAUAGCUAACAGAGAUCAAAGUUGUGAUAAGUGUUCUCGUGAAUAUGCAGUCACUGUAAUUGAGGAAUUCCAGAACAGCAUUUUGGUUUGUGGUACAAAUGGAGAAAAUCCAAAGUGUUGGAAGUUGCAUCCCAGGGAUAGCAAUCACUUCAGUGAGGUAGAGGAAUGUAUGGAUGGCACUGGCAUCUCUCCUCACACAUGUUCACAGAACUCUGUAGCUCUUGCAGUGGAUGGAGACCUCUAUGCUGCAGCUCCCCUAUACAGGGAGGGAACCUCACUACAGUUUCGCAGAAAAGUUGGCAGUCAAACCAGUGUGUGGAUGUAUGACUCUUGGAUUAUGGAACCAACCUUCAUUUCUGCCUUCUUGGCCAGGAGACCUGAGGAUCCGAUGCAUGAGAAGAUUUAUGUCCUCUUUCGAGAGAAAAACUCAGACAGCAGCCCAGAGGCUGACCCUUGGAUCUCUAGAGUGGCCAGAGUAUGCAAGGUUGAUAAGGGAGGGUCCAAGAGCUUCUUCCAGAAUAUAUGGACAUCCUUCCUGAAGGCACGUCUUGUGUGUGGGAUUCCUGGUGAGUCUCUGUACUUCAACCGUCUGCAGGAUGUCUUUGUACUGCAUUCAAAGGACUGGAGAGACUCGCAGGUCUAUGCACUCUUCUCAAGCAGCUGGAACUCCACAGCUGUUUGCAAAUACUCCUUAUUUGAACUUGAUGCCAUUUUUGAGAAUUCUACCUUUAAAGACUAUGAAGAAGAGAUUCCCAGCCCAAGGCCAGGAACUUGUGUGAAGGACAGUAGGUCUCUGCCCACGGCUACUAUCAACAUCAUUAAAAAUCAUCCAGAGAUGACUGACUGGGUUCGCCCCAUACAGAAAGACUCUCCUUUCUACAUCAGCAACAACAAUUACACCAGAAUAGUAGUGGACAGAGUGCAGGCUGCAGAUGAAAAUAUGUAUAAUGUGCUGCUGCUUGCCACAGACACUGGUAUGAUCCAUAAGAUUUUGGAGGAUGGCUCCAAAGCAUUCAUCAUUUCUGAAACACGCCUAUGCGGCAGCUCCGCUCCUGUGCAGUCUAUGAAGCUUAACUCUGAGAAGAGAAAGCUGUUUGUCGGAUACCCUGGGCAGAUGUCCGUAUUAGACCUGCAGAAGUGCCAAGACUACAAUGCCUCCUGUCAGGACUGUGUUCUAGCACGUGAUCCAUACUGCGCAUGGACUGAAAAUGGCUGCACCUCACAAAUCAAAGGGGGGAUUCAGAAUAUUGCCACUGGUGAGACACAUGUAUGCCAUAACAAUGCAGCUCCAAAUAAAUUCAUGAGAAUCAAGCGAGAUGUAUCGUCUUCAUCACCUGUGCCCCUAAAAAUAGAACACACUGUUCCCAGGGGAUUCCCAUACUACCUUUCCUGCCCCAUCGAGUCCCACCAUGCCACCUACUACUGGAUGCACGGAAAUCAUUACAGCCCUUGCCAGCAGACACAGUCUGAUUGCCUCUAUCUCAUACCAGCUGUCAAUGCAGAAGACUAUGGAGAAUACACUUGUGAGUCCAGAGAGCGUGACUACACCAAAAAGGUUAAAAAAUACAAUCUGUGGGAUCGUACUAGAAGCAGUGCCUUGAAAAUGACAGCACAGAAGGAAUGGGUAUUGAUUGUAUCUGCUGCAGUUCUGUUUACAGUGCAUCAUUUAAUCUAGAGAGCAGUAUCUUUCUCAAGCUUCCUUGUUUUGUGUUCUGUCCAGUAAUUAACAUCAUGCAUCAAAGCUUGGCAGAGGAGCAUGGGUGUACGGGUAAUAGGGCAGGACCCAGAUAGGAUUGUUAAACUGUAGGCCUGGGUGUGAGGUCGAUUUCUAAAAUUUAUCUUGUUUAUCCCAAAGUUAAAUUGUUCCAUAUAACAGAGAGGUCUGAGCAGAGUGAGAUCAGUUACAAAGUAAAUGUGGCACUCCCUUCAGUGAUGCCUCAUUUGCUAUAAAGUGACACUCCCUGUUGUUUCAUGGUUCUCAAACUUGAUUAAGAGAGCACUAAAAUAUAUUACCAAGGGCUGAUAUUUAAAGCAAUAUGAGGCAAAAUUUAAGCCGUCACAACAGCAUUUAACAAGUUUACUAGCCUUAUUGACAAAUUUCACAUAUCUGAGGUUGUAUCAAACAAAAUGAACAUUACAGAAAAUGCUAGCCCCAAAUGUGAUUCUCAAGACGGCACUCAAAACAGAAGGACUACUGAAGGUACUAGCAGGAAGAGGUAAUGAGAUGGCUUUGUGAAAAGAAAAUGUUUCAGGUUCAGUAAGGUUUAAAAUGGUAAGAUAGAAACACUUGCUGAGAGAAAUCCAAAAAAAAUUGAUCUGGCUUGAGUGUGUGGGGUGAAGGAGGGCAUGAAGCCGAAGUCGAAGUUCCAUGCAAGAGAUCCGCUGUACCAUAGUUUCAUCAUAUGAUUUUUAGACUGCUGAAAGUAAUGAGGUUAACAAGAAAGGCUGAGAGUAAAGUUAGGUUGUUUUGAAUGUGAGAUGAGCUGGAUAACUAGUCUAAGGAAUAGGUUAUGAAUGUUAUGUGAUGUUUGUGUAAUGCAGGGGUAUCAAAUCUUAUCCAUGAAGGGCCGCGGUAGUCAAAUCACUUUUUGUGAGUGAUUAUAUAGGGUCAUGUAGGUCAUUCAGGGUGUGUACAGUGGCCAACAAGCACAAGUUUACUUUUGUCAGUGACUAGUGUGGGAAAUUCAUCUUUUGUUCCUUCAUCAUUUGCCCAUGCUGUUAUUGAAGGAAACAAUGAGCCUGUGAAGAAUUUGGUACUAUUGUAUGUGCAUUAUUAGCACAGCAGGAAAGUUUGAAGGAUUGGCCAAGAGUCAGAAGAACAUCCUCAAGACUCUCUCCCAUGGCUGUCUAACUGAAUUAUGUUUUGUAAGUGGCCUCUUUCACUUACUUUCCUCACUUCACACUUUAUAGACCUGAUUAAUCAUAAAUUCUAUAUUUAUUUCAGCAUCAUUGCUGUCCAAAAAAAAGACACAUUUGUAUUUUUUCUAUUAGUAUUUUUCUGUAUCAUUUCAAUACAGCAAUUGUGUUUAUUUGAAAAUUUUGUGUGAAUUUUUGUGAUGAUCAAUAGAAACUCUCCAAAAUUACUAUGAAUAAAACUUUAAAAAUAACAUACAUUUUACAUACAUACGUUUUUUUUGUUGUUGUUUUGGACAGCAAUAGCUGUGUCCUUCAUGAGGUUUAUUAAGUGUUUCUAUGUUGUUUUAAAGAAUUACAUCAGGGCACACUUUUAAAAAGAAAAGCCUUGGUUAGCGCCCUCUUUAACAGGAAGUGACUGAAAGGCAUUGUUACAUUCAUGUUCUCAGUGGGGACUGAGGUCCAUAGGCUUUUGACAGAUGGAGCAGAAAGAACUGGGUGUGGUGACAUCCGACAUGCACUUU